AUGGCGCGUAGCUCCUCAAUCGGGGGCAACUCCGGCAUAUCCAAUCAGGAUGCAACCUCGAAAACCGUCAACUAUCUCCUACUCGAGCACAAGGUGCUUCACGACACACCAUUUCCAGUAGAGGUAUCGCAGACACAAUAUGAUCAAAAGGCUCAUCAUCUUCGGCCUGUAUUCGCACAGGCUUUGAAGGAUGAAUUUGGUCUGCAGGUUGACUUGCAGCAUUUGCGGCUUUGGAAGCCGAAAAUCCCUUUGACAGUCGAUGCACCACUCGGGGAGGGAUGGUUCGUGAAGAGUGUCGAGAGUUUUCAUCAAUCUUUUGAAAUCAUUCCGUUCGUCGACACUCUCAGAUCCCGCCUACGAAGCACGAUCGACAAUCACGACCUUAUCCAUAUCAUCGUCACCAUCAGCGACAUAUACAACGAGGGCAGGCGAACGCUACCUGUAGUACCAGGGCCAGUGUCGGCGUCAAAGCUUCUCCAUCCAGCGAUAGAAGCGGGAUACUUCACAGUCAACAAGGGUAGAGACUGGAAGUCGGUCCAGAAGCCAGAACGUCACUCCAGAGACAUCAAAACCUCUCCGCAAACUACGCUCCCUAUCAUCCUCAUCGGCUUCUCCAUGAUUGACGUCACUGCCACCGAUUCGGGAACCGCCAAAGCCUUGUGUUACGGGGACAACUUCGAGCCCGAACGAUUUCGAGUCCAUCUCGAUACCUGGGUUCAAACGAAGCUGUAUAAAGCUGAGGUCGGGUGGCUUCGUGCGACGAUGACGCCGCUUCUUCAAGGCGGGUCUGUCGACGCGAACCAUUACUGCAAGCCCGAGGACGCAAUCAACGACCUCUCCAAGCGCAUUGAUUUCCUCUACCCGUUCGAAGCUCCCCCCAUCGUCUUCGUUUCGCUUAGUGGCUUCUCCAUCGGGGAGAAACAUUGGGAUAUACGCGUCUCUUCGAGCAACGUCGAUAGCCGAGGCUUCACCGUCAAUAUCGGGAGGACGAGGCAGUGGAAGUCGCUCAGUAACACCCAUGUCCAUUGGCUGGCAUUCCCGGAACACGGCCUUCCAGGCCAACAACUCUGCGUUGGCGAGUUCAAAGCGAGUGGACUCAACCCCUCCAAAAGAAGUCAGACAGGGACCGUCAACUUCUCUAGGGAAUUCAAGAAUGGACCACCAUCGUUGUUCUUUUCCAUCAAUAACAUCGACGCUGAAGCCCCAGAGACCCUCAGGGUCCACGCCAAGGUGUCGAACAUCACAGGAAGAGGCAUGGAUUGGAAGAUCGAACAGUGGAGCAACACCCGAAUUCAUAACGUUUCGGUUUCGUAUUUAGCUAUCGAGGACUAG